UCGCCGAACGAGAGCGGUUGGUUGCUCCGCACGAUCGCGGGAUCGGGCAGGCAACCGUUGGUGCAACGAAACGACGACGGGUCCCUACUCCCCCGGGGCAGCGGGAGGCGUCAGACGGCAACGGAGACUGGGUCGGCCGAAGCUAAGUGCGAAAGACUUGUGUGUCGGGGCUUUCCGGAGACGACUAGUAUCGUUGCGGUAUAGAAGAUUCUCCAGUGUGGAUCACUGCCGCAGAGGGAAGUGAAGGCAUUCCAAAAGUUGGGAACCACAAGGUCAACCAGUGGUCCCGUGUUAUCACCACUGACGGACAAGUGGUCGAUGCUGGGACAGACGGUGGAGGUCAGCACGUCCAGCAGACCAUCAGGCAAAGACAAGUGACGUGAUCUGCACAGGAAGCGGGACAUGGGUCCCCUGGGUCCGGACAGCGGGCUCGUGAGGGACCCCGCUGUGGCGACGUCGCCUCCUCCCGCUGGCGCUUUCGGCUCGCACCAGCGGUGCAAGGCUGCCGCCGCGCGCAGGCUGCCGCCGCUGCACGCCAGUCCCUACUCGGCGGCCGUGGCGCGUCGCAAUGAGCGCGAGCGCAAGCGCGUCCACCUGGUCAACAUGGGAUUCGCGUCUCUGCGAUCCCACCUGCCCGACUGGCCCGUGGCGUCCAAGAAGCUGAGCAAAGUGGAGACGCUGCGCUCAGCCGUCGACUACAUCACGAGGCUCAAGGAGUUGCUUGGAGAAGCCGCCCGGGAGAACCUCAGACCACCGUCGUCCCUGGCGUCCCCGAUGCCCUCGGACCCCGGCCCUAGUCCUAGCCCAGACACGAGCGUCACUGGGCACUGCGGAGCGGGCUCCAGCGAUGCACUUAGCUGUGCGGCGAGGUCGGUGACGCCGAUGAGCCUAGUGGAUGAAUUGGAAGCUUCGAACGACGCCGGUGGAGACGAGACCAAUCAUCACUUUCUGGAACUGGCGCACUGGUUCGGCUACACCUCUUAGUGGGACUGCCGGGGAACCCACCGUUCGAUUGUUUGGGUGCCAUAGACACUCGUUGAAUGUUAAUUGUCUUGAUCGGUUGUGUUCUGCGUUCUUUCAGCACCAGUAUUAACAUUGUUCCAAAAGAGUGACAAAAGUGUGAAGGUGCCACCGGAGGAGGCUACCGUCAAAGGAAUCGAUCUCUAUCGUUGCAGAAGACUCCGAGCCCUGGUUACCGCGCCACAGCACUGGUCGGACCCAACCCUGUUGUUACCGGAAAAGACGUGGGUGCUCACCGGCUCCAUCUUCCUUUCGAACAUCAGAUGCCACUACAAGGAGGCUCCGUGCGCUGUCUGUCGAUACAUCGCACCCUCCUCCAUCGAAAACUGUGUUCAUGAUGCCCCGAACAAGGCGCUAUUGUACGUGUCCCUUAAAUUAUACAUUACGCCAAUCUGUGUGUACCCAGAGCAUCGUUGUGCCGUUGUUUUCUGAAAGCAAAAUGGAAUGUGUUAUACACUCUUUCACAAUUAACCAUUUUACAGUGACGCUCUCACGGUGAAACACACUUUGUCUGUUUGUGUUUAUCGAGACUGUAUCUAGAGGCUUUCAGAUAGCCGUGCGUGUCUCCGGUUACCGUGCAUUUAAAUUCGCGUAACUAUUUAGGUAACUGAUAGUAGGACUUUUCUCCGUAGUGAUGAGACCUCCUUCACGUUAUGUGCCUGCGGUGAAAGCUUGACAUUCAACAGACUAUAUUUUUUAGAAAUGAGAAGGGUCCAACGCCUCUUUUAUUGCUUCGAAUUCUCUACAAUUUUGCCAACGUAUACCAGUGUUAUGUGUGGUUUCUCUCCCACAAUGGACUUCUGAUAUGUUAGGAAGUGAAACACAGUGGUUUCUUACUAGAUGUGAUGACAUUUUUCUGCAUUUUAGGUGCUGAAAAUGAGGGUUAACUUAUUCUGAAUACAGUCCGCAGUUAUUAUUUUAUAUUUUGCAUAUAUUUAGCUUCAGACGACCGGCAAAACCAAUAGAUUUAUGGUCAAGCAAUCCUGUGACCCAUAGGACUUACAUGUUGGUCUGAAUCAUCUCUUGAAUAGGAACGCCGACACCUAACGUCGAGACAGAAUGUAUGUGGUUAGUGUGUUUACUAUUUAUGUUGUGAAGAAUUAAUGCACAGUUGACGUAGAAUACAGCGUAUUAAAAGGCAAUGUGAUUUAGAAAAGAUUUCGCGAACCAAUGGGCCUAUAAGGCAGGUUGGUUCAUCUAACAUGACAGCAGAUGAGUAUUUUUUCUGCAUUGCGUGAAAAUUGUGUUCUGAUAGUUAUAAUUCGCAUUUGGUGCGUUGUAGUGCAGUGCUUAGGAGAAUAUUAUUUGUUAUUGCUUCUACUGUGCAAAAGCAGGCACUUAUCGUUAGUCAAUGUUCUGGAAGUCUUCAUAAUACCUCUGUAGUUUUGUGUAAGCUGCCGGUUUCUUAACGGAUGAACAUUUUCCAUUUCCAUGAAGUAAUUGUGUGUACUUCAAUUCAAACCUUGGGAUCGAAUUCUGCGGUUGGGCAGGCAGUGUGGCCCUAAACUUUGGUCAGCGUUUCGUGUCUUAUCAACCAUGUAUAGUUAGUCAUUCUAAGGGCAUUAUUUUAACGCAGCUCUUUGUUGCGCCGUAGUCAUGAAUGUGGCAACUUAGUUCUGUGGAAGUCGUGCAAAUGUACAAUGAAAAAAGUAGCUAAACGUAGCAUUAUCAAGACAAGGUUGCAAUUAAUGCAUUUCUGAAAGCACUGCUGCAGUUAGUAACGACUACAAGCCUCCACAAGCUGCUUUAGCCUUACUUGGUCUUCAUUUGCUGCACGUGAUCGCCUGGUGUGAUCGUGUUACUGUAAUUGCUCUCUCUCUCUCUCUCUCUCUCUAUUUUUUUUUUUGUAUCUUUUGACCGUUCUCUUCGCCGGCCCCUGGUGAACGGUAGCUAGCCACAUUUUCUGUUCUUGUUAAUCUGCCUGCUUUUCUUAUCUCUUUCGUCUCUUUCUCUCUACAUGGGCGCCGCAAAUCUACGUUCUAUGGUUGUUGAUUUGCGACCGUUUUCUCAGACCAUCUUUCAGGCUCACUGUGUUUAGGUGUACGCGCUCAGCCUCACCGGAGGAAGAAUGCGCCGAUCGUGUUUUAUAUAAGCUCACUGUUGAGCUGCCAGGAAGGAAAUCCUUCGGUUACGACACUGUGUAGCUGCGCGAAGUAAAACUAGUGCGACAAACAAAAACUUCAUUAUUCAAUUUGUCUCCGUAAGUAACUUCGAUAUGAAAUAUACCACUCAGGAAUUUGUUUCGCGCAUUUUGUCAAACUGUGACGUCUUAUUUAAAGUCACGGUUACUAAAAAAAUGCAGCUUGCGUUCGGCGUGGUCUGCGGAGUGCGUAACAUAACGUAAGCUAAAUGACCUGACGUGACCGUGCUACAGGGGCCUGCGCUGCGCGUGCCAAGCCUGCGGGGCCCUUCGCGCCUUGUCCGUGGAAGGCAGUCCAUCUUUACGCAGCCAGUUCAAGCAUCAGCGAAGCGGACACGUUAGCGCACUCACGGGCGGAUGGUUGUGCGCUUGAGCGCCGUCGCACUGUGCGCCCGAGAGGAUAGGAUCUGAAAAACGGACAGGUAAAAAAAUGCAGAAAGGAAACAAAGAGCAUGCACUAAAGUGUGCAUUUAUUGUAAUUUUUUUGGUCUUCUCUCAUGCCAAUCAUGGUCGAUUGAUCUCGUAUGCUCUGCGCGGCUGUCGUGUUCAAGUUCGAUAAUAGUGCCUUGCCAGCACAAGCCGGUAUUGUUAUGAUAUGCUGUCAUGUUACAUAAGCAGUGAUAUCACCACACAUCAGAAUGCAUGAUGACAUAUUGUCAGUACCAUACUACGUUGAAUUACCUCGGCCAAACUUUAUUUCAUGCUCAUUAUGCUGUCGAGGUAUGCUGUGGGAAAACCACGAGGGCAAGUUCACUGCAAUUAAUUGUCAUAUAAAACCUUGCCGGACGCGUUAAGGAGUUCAGGUAGGUGCCUUAUGCUUUGCAGUUAUGUCCGUUAAGGAACAAUGGUGGUUGCUUAGACAAGCUGUUUUUAUCCGCUAAGGAAUUAUUGGCGAAAGACGUGUCCUUUUGAGAAGGACUUUGCGAGUUGAAACAAUAAAAGGUGUCUGAAGAAAAGCCACAGACAACUUCCGUUUAAACAGAUUAGCUACGUCAGUUAUUCUUACAAAGCUGGAUAGUUUAAGUAUAUUUUAGUGCGUAGAUCCAGAAUACCGAUGAUCUUCCAUUAUAUUGAUUAUAUCCAUGGCAAGUACAUGGUAGGUGUCGGUUUCCGACUCCUUGCUUAAACAUACGCAUGAUUGUUUUGUAUACAAUAGAAGAAUCUUUUGCAGAUCUGGCGUACUUGCCCACUUUCAUAAGACAAAAGAACCUAUGCCGGAUGUGCUAGUUUUACCCUGCAUGUCAUACAUAUUUAAAAAUUCGUUUCACGACGAGCAAAGCUAUCUGUAAAAGAGCGUGAGAGUUUCAUUGAACAUUCUCAUAAUUUCCUGGUUUUCUACAAAGCGUCUGUACAAAAUGGCUAAGAUAUUGAGCUGUCUGCUGCACGUUGUUGAGUCACUCCCGUGUUGAGCGACAUGUCUUUGCGUGGUAGACAGGUUUCUCUGUAGUGCUGAGAUAAGGACAGGUACGAGAUGUAAUGAAUCUGAUAAAAUACUCAAAUAAAGGAGCUCAACAGUCAUUCACCUGUGUGGUUCCACUGAGUAAUCAGGUGUAGUUUUCAGACCCCUCUUUGCAAGUAAUGUGUGGUCGCAUUGGCUGCUCCUUUCCUCCAAUAUCUAAAAAAAAAAUCACAGGCUCAAUAUUAGGACUGGUUUUUGCGAUACGAUAUUGCCAGCAGCGUCAGCAGUAUGGCUAAAAACCCGAGCAUUCCUUUUUCAUUGGAUUCACUAACACAAAUUACUAGAAAAAACAAAAGCAAUUUCUUUUUCUGUACGCAUUUCAUGCCCUUUCAAUAACGGAUGCUAACCAGUUUCACGUGGACGUCAAGUUUUCCGCACAGAAUUGGAAGCGAAGCACAUUUGUAGCUACUCACACAGGGGCACCUGAAAUGAAAUAAUUGCCGUCACAGUGUGCUAUCAAAUGCGAACCAACUUGCUAUACUUUUGCAUUCACGUUUCUCGUGUUUGUACGCUGUUCUACAACGCGAAAGUACGCUGCACUUCGCAAAUGCCUGCAUUUAACGGGUGCUGGGUAUUCUUUGAAGAGCAACGUAACCGCGGUGUAGAAUUACAAAUUUGCAUGCCGGAAACAUAGGGCGAGAAAUUACGCAGCAUUGCUCAAAACUUUCAUUACGUUGUUUCCACAUUAAAAUUUUGGCAACCUGAGCAAUAUACAUAGAAGCUCCUUAGAUGAAGCCUCGGAGUAUGUUUUUUUUAUUAAAGUUGUAUAAUGAAAUUUACUUAGAUCUGUAUUCAAAAUUUCCUUUUCAAUUAAGCCUCGUUUAUAGGUUCUGUUUUUAGCAGCCUAUAACCCUUUGACAAAUGCAGCAAGUAUCACCUUCCGCGUGUUUAAUUUGCAUGGUAGCAAAAGUUUAUAUUUUUAUUGUAAUCAGUGUACUUUCGUAUUUCAUUUUUGUUAAAAAACCGUCACAUGCUUUGUGAAAAUUCUUCAUUAUUUGUUUUCGCAAACGAUGUUACUCUUGACGGUCCGAUUAGUAAAAGCAAUGAAGUGUAUUUUUAUACUACAACGACUGGGUUUUCCACAUUGUGUAAAUAUUUCAUGUUUCCAUUCAACUGGAUGUUUGUUCCAAGCGUUGUCGCCACGUACUUGUUUUGAUAAAUGCUUGCUCACCUGAGAUUGUGAAUGGCCAGUAUCAUCUUGUUCUCAAAAUAAUAAAAAAAGUAUUUUUACUGUA